AUGAGUGCAAUCACGGACGAACUCGAUGAGCACGUUGAGCCACUCAAGGUGCUCAUCACCCUGCACGAUGGAAUGGACUCCAUGGACGUGAUCGGUCCAUUGGAGGUCUUCAGCAGUGCCCAGCACGAUCCUCAGAACCCUGAGACCAAGGCAUUCCGCACCAUCUUCGCGGGCCUACAGGAGCAUGUGGUCACCGCCCAGGGUGCUUCCUUCCGUGCCCACCUCACCUACGACGAAGCCAUGAAGCGCCUCUCCGAGAUCGAUGUUCUCGUCGUCCCUGGCGGCUCUCACGACACCGUCAUCAAGGCCAAGAGCCAGCCGCUGCAGAUCAUCAAGGCAUUCGCCGCCUUGCAGCUCAAGAAUCCCGCCCGCGAGCGCUCUCUGGUGUCCAUCUGCACCGGAUCGAUGCUCCUCGCCGAGGCCGGUAUCUUGGGCGGCCUCACAGCCACCACCCACCCAGACUAUAUCACCAAGAUGGAGAUCCUCUGCUCCAAGAUCAACCAGCGUGACAUGACUGAGCGUGUCGAUGUCGUCCAAGAGAGAUACGUGGUCAACAAUCUCCGCUUUGACCUGGGCGAGAAUGAGGACGAAAACCCUCACAUCCUGACCCGUAAGGAGCUCAAGGAACACAAGCGCCGCAAGAGCUCGGCCAAUGGUCUGCCAUCACCACUUGAGGAGGAGCCUCCCAACAACGGUCGUCGCGCCUCAGGUGCACGCAAGGGAAGUAUGAGCCUCAAGAUCAGCAACAACCGCCGCGAGAGCGUCAUCAAGCGCGCCAACCUGCGUUUGGGAGGCCUCCGUGUGCUGACCACCGGCGGCGUCACGUCUGGCAUCGAUGGAGCGCUCUACAUGGUAGGCGCGUUGGUGUCCGACGAUGCUGCCGAUGAGGUCGCCCGUAAGAUGUGCCACACCUGGAAGAAGGGUAUGGUCGUCGAUGGUAUCGAUGUUUAG